CGGUUAGCUGUUGUUGCAAGCUGUUUGGAUUCUGCUCUGAACCCGACACACUCUUUCAGAAUGAAAAUGAAGACACUCUGGGGAGGAGUCGUACUGUUUGUGUCACUUUUCUACAGAGGCAGUGAUGCUGUAGAAGUAACAUCCCACCCAGAGACCCAGAAUUCCUCAACUCUUUUUGUCACCAAUGAGUCAGCGCAAACCAUCGGAGAUACCUUGACAACAAAUGGAUCCAGUACGACGCAACUGUUCAGCACUGCACAAAAUGGUACUGAACAUCAAACCGAACUUGUUGCUGCUACAAACAUCUCCGUAGUGAAACCAGCUACUACAGUGGAAUCAACAAUCGUGGGGUCCACACAAGCAAAGAAAGAUAUUGUUGUCCAGAACAAGACAUCUGAGCCGAAACGGAACGAGUCCUUCCAUUAUGAGCCGAAACGGAACGAGUCCUUCCAUUAUGACCUGAAAUGGGACGAGCCCUUCCGUUAUGAUUAUUCAUCUCUGAGGCAAGUGGGCCUGAGUUUUGCUGCUGUUCUCUUCGUGUUGGGCAUCAUGGUGGUCACUUGUGGCAAAAUGAGACGGAUACCUCGCUGUCGCAUGUCCAAAGGGAGGUCGUACGAGGUGACCAGAAUGUAACGCAGGCCGGAGAACAUCAUCAGCCUGCAGGAGAGCAGCAGAUUCACAUGAUCGUCCAGUCAGACUUGUUCUCACAGCACUGUGUGUGUGUGUGUGAGUGUGUGUGUGUGUGUGUGUGUGUGUGUGUGUGUGUGUGUGUGUGGGAGGAGGGUGUUAAUCAGUUGAACACUGUAUCAUCUGUUUGUGCAGAUGUUUUAGAGUCUGAAAAUAGGAAUGUUUUACACUA